AAAUAAAACAAAUCUGGUUUAGAAUAGUGCAGUCAAUAAUUGUAAAGUGAUCAGUGACUAGAAGAAUAUUGUUGAUGAAAUAUGAGCAAUAAUAACAAUAAUAAUUCGUGCGUGGAAACUCCAGCUGCACCGGAUUGGUUGUCAAAGCUGGAAGACAGGCGGGAGAAAUUGAAAAGGGCUAAACUGGGCCAUGAAGCCGGAGCUGGUGCCCCUUGCAACGAGUGUGGCGUUAAGUGCCCCGGCUUAGAUUUGCAUUUUUGGCGUAAGGUUUGUCGUAAUUGCAAGUGCCGAAAGGAUCAGCAUAUGUGUCCGGAUGACGAAGUAACGGGCUGGGCUCAAUUUGAGAUACUUGGACAAAUUCGUUCAAAGCCUGCUUUCAUCAAAAUUAAAACUUUGGCAAACCAACCCGUUAAAGUCGAAUGGAUACCACCUAAUAUAGCACCGGAUCUUGCUGCUGAUUACAUGGAGAAAUUAGGUAGUGCAAAUGUACCGGUUGCCGGCAGUGAAGCUGCCGCUAAGCGAAAACAACAGUUGGAGUUUCAGGUUCCCCCUCACGACUUGGAUGCAGGUUUUUGCGAUAAUCUUACUGAAUCCGAGGCAGAUCAAUUGCAACAAUAUGUUCAAAAGAUUCGAGACAAUUGCGUGGGUCAGGGCAGUGUAGUUCGUGUUGGAAACUAUGCGAAUGCUAUGUUAGGUACUAUAAGCACUCCCAAUAAAGUUGAAGGCAAAUAUGCCGAGGUAAUGCAUGCUUUGCAAGAAACACCUGUUGUUGAUGAGACUCUUUCAACGAUUUUAUCCAAUGAAAAACUUGCAAAAGCCAUUACAGAAAAUUUGCCCUGUGAUUAUCCUAAAAUUUUUGUAGUAUUCUCGGAAGCAAUAUGCGAUGCACCAUUUAGUGCAAAAAUUGAAUCGAAAUUGACGCCUGCAAUUAAGCAAAAACUCAGAGGACUAAAUGAAGCUGCUGUACAAAGUCUAAUACUUAAUGGUCCGAUAUAUGACAAAAUUUUUGGAGUUUUAAAAAAAAAAAAUUUGGACAUUUCGCGAGAUCCUCGUUUGGGACCACUUUCCGAUCUUCGUAAGGAAUAUUUAUGUAACCCAUUUGCUAAAAAAGAAGUAGAAAAUGCAUUUGGUACACAAAUGCCCUCUAACCAAUCAUCGUUCAAUUCUCCUUUAAAAACACCAUCGAAAUUUAGCAACGAUUUAUCAUUUAAUUCUCCUUUGCCCUUGAAAACGGCAGCAAAUUUAAGAUCAGGGUCACAAAUGUUGCAAGAUACUCCCAUUCGAAAGGUUCAGUUUGGAAAUGCAUCGACUAUUGUAUACGAUUGCAAUUUGCCACCGAAUGUGGAUUAUGAACGCGAUCCAAUUUUUGCAAAAAUUAUUCGAUCGGAACCAUUGAAAAAGGCUGUGCAAAUUGCCAAGAGUACGAAGAAACCUCAAUCGGUUUUAAUGACCACGUCAAUACCCAUGUCGUCCCGCGGCAUUGCUGAAAUGAAUUUAAGUGAUCCAGUUAAGGAGAAACUUAAACAACUUGGCAUUGAAUCAACUGAUAUGUUGCAAAGUGCCGUUUUAAAUGCGCCCUUUUAUGAGAGACUUUUUUCAGAUCUACAAGAAAAGAACAUUAAUUAUGAUCAAUGUAAGCUAUUGAAACCAUUUGAGCUAUUGGGACAGGAAUUGCACAUCAAUCGUCCUUUAUAUGAGGAGGUGCGUGAGUAUGUCACCUCACUGCCCAACAGUUUAGAUGUAGCCUAUGCGCCGUUAAAUAUGGGCUUACAACAGGCAUUGAGUGUUUCGAAAAGCUCUGAUUCCGGAUUUGAUUCCAAACCAUCGACACCUAUUCAGAGCACAAUUCCACAGGGAUAUACUGAUGAAGUAAACGCAUUAAGUGGUAAACUUAUGUCCAUACCAGGAAUUCAAGAGAUGAAUAUGUACCCAACAGUUGAGGUGUCGAAAGGAAUGAAAGGCCUGUCGCUUACCGAACAACAUCCUCAGCGGCAAAAUAAACAAUUUAACGUAGAACCACCGACAGCUAUGUUGAAAUGUCGUGAUUGCUCAAAAACGAUUAACUUUGGCGAAGUUGCAGUAAAGGCAGAACGAGCAGGAAAAGAGAUUGCCUGGCAUCCGGAGUGCUUUAAAUGUUAUACUUGUCGCGAACUUCUUGCAGAUCUGGUUUAUUUCUUCCAUGGAGGUCAAGUAUUUUGUGGUCGUGAUCUGGCCCUAAAGUUAAAAAUUCCGCGUUGUAAGGCUUGUGACGAACUAAUAUUUACUAAAGAAUACACUGCCGCUGAAGGUGCAACAUUCCACAUAAAGCACUUUUGUUGCUAUCACUGCGAUUUGCCGCUGGCCGGUCAACAAUACAUUCCGGAUGAAAAAUCGAAUAUGCCUCUGUGUCUUAAGUGUUAUGAUGAAUAUUUUGCAAUUGCCUGUCAGCGCUGCUCCCAACCAAUUGGACCAUCUGAUCAAGGUGUCGCAUGGGGGGACAUUCAUUGGCAUGAUUCAUGUUUUAUAUGUGCUGGGAAUGGUUGUGGUAAAUCACUUAUUGGUGGACGCUUUUGUGUGAAACAAAAUAUGCCAUUCUGCAGCCCAGCCUGUGUUCACAGCAUCAUUAAAUAAAAGCCCAGAUUUCCUAAAAAUAGAAAUGUAUGAACAUGUCCCAUAAUAUACAUUAUUGUACACUAAUGUCUUUACUGUCAUAAAAGUGUCUGUUAGAUCGAACAUACAUACAUACAUACAUACAUAAAUUUAUUGUACAAAAAAUAAGUAUUAAUUAUUACAAUAAUUUUUAUUCUGUGGUAACUAAAAGCGUAUUUAAUAUAAUUACAAAUAAUCAUUGAAAUAAAAUUCACUACAAAAUAUAAACAAUUGCAAACAAAUAGUUGCUGAUUACAAAAUUCAUCAUUCAAAACACAAUAAAUUCCCAGAACAACAACUUUUUUCAUCCGAAAAAGAAAUGAAUAAAAUAAUGAGCUUUCUGUCAAUGGUUGUCUGCCUAACUUCAGUUAUGUCUAAUAUGCCGCCAGUUUGAGUCGUCUUUAUGCUAAAGUGAUGCAAUAAAACAGCAGUAACGAAUCAAUCCAUAAUGUUACUUUUUAUAUUUUAAAAAUUUGCAAUUAUAUUUAUCAAGUGUAUUUUAUAUAAUACAUACAUAUUUCAAUAAAAUUAGGUUUUUUACUCAUCGACCAACAAACCUUAAAGGUUGGACUUUUAUUUAA